UUCAGCAGGCCCGCGGUGGAAGUGGCGGUCUGCAGCGCGGACGGAACUGAAUUCUACGUGCCGCGUCAGUUCCUUGUGGACGCGUCGCCCGUGCUGGAGAGCAUGUGCAACAUCUGCCCGUCGGCGCCCUCGACGGUGUCCAUCGACCUCCCGGAGACGAGCGACAUGGUCGAGACGCUGCUCGAGCUGUGCUACCCCUUCGCGUUCGACCCGGUGCGGGUCAGCACCGACUUCGACGCGCUGAAGCCUCUCCUGCGCAUGUGCUGGAAGUACAAGCUGCGCGGUGCAGCGCGUGCGUGCGUGCAGGCGGCGCUCACGCCGGCCCUCGCGCGGGAGCCCCUCCGGGUGUACGUGCUCGCGGCGCAGCAUGGCGAGCCCGAGCUCAUGCAGGAGGCGGCACGGGCGUAUCUCCGCCAUGAAGACGCGCUCGUGGACGCCCCGGAGCUGGACGCGAUCAGUACGCGCACGUACCGGCGGCUGCUGCUCUACCGACAGGCGUGCGUGGAUGCCAUUGUGGGCAAUCUUCCAGGAUCUGUGGAGGAGGUCUACACCGCCUUCGGCCGGGCUUGUCUCCUACAUGUGCGGCAUGGUUUCAGAAGGGUACCCUGGUUUUACGGGUACUAUGACCACGUGUGGGAUACGCUGGGGAAGACCCCCCACCCGACAAGCUGCGGGAGGAGGCGAUGCGCCUGGAGGGUGUUGCACAGGCGAGCGCAAACUGCAAGCCAUGCGCUUCCUACGCGGUUAAGGAAGUGA